AGACUUCUAUCGAAAUCACUGUCACAAUCUCAGCACUUUUUUGGUGACGGGGUGUGUGUUUGUGUGUUCAUCAGAUCUGUGUGUGUUCUUCAGACUGUCACGGUCACGCCCUUUGCCUCCGAUAUUUUAAUGUCAUGCCGGUUUUCUGUCACUAGGGAGAGAUAUGUGAACUCUCUCUCUCGCGCGCGCACACACACACGCGCACGUGUUUAAACAGCGUCCCACGGCACUCACUGCAGCACCGUCCCGUCGCGGGAUGGAUGAACCGGACGCGUCGCGUCAGUAUCAGAACGGGCCAGCCGCGGAUGCGCUCAUGCACGGGGUGUUCACGGACACGGACACCGGGCGGUUCACGUACGCGCUGAGUCUGUCGGACAGCUGCCUCACGGUCCAGAGGAUCAACCCCCCGUCCCCACCACCACCAUCAACAUCAUCCUCAUCCGAGCACCUGGACCUGCGCGACUGCCUGGGGAGCCGCGCGCACCGGGGCGAGCGCGAGGACCAGGGCGCGUAUCUGUGCGCGUAUUUCUACCCGUACCGGCGCCGGUGGAUGUCUUCAAGUCCGGUUCGCCAGAGAGACGAGCGUCGCUUUCGGCCCGUACUCAAUACGGAGGACAAUAACGAUGAGGAGGAGGAGGAGGAAGACGUGAAUCUGCGCGAGGCGGAACGGUGGGCGCGCGCCAUCAGAAACAACACCGCGCGCCGCACGGGAAACACGCACGGUGUGUUGUUCUCUGAGGUCCGCCGCCUGUGUGGCGUGAUGGUAUUGGUCAAUCCUCAGAGUGGGCGGGGCCAAGCGAUGGCCCUCUAUAACGGCCAUGUUCAGCGGAUGCUCACUGAGGCAGAUAUACCACACACACUCGUCAUCACAGAGCGGCCGAAUCACGCCCGAGAUCUGGCGAGGAACGCCGACCUGACACAGUGGGACGCUUUAGUGAUUCUGUCUGGAGACGGGCUGCUGUUUGAGGUGGUGAACGGUCUAAUGGAGAGGCAGGAUUGGGAAAAGGCCAUCCAGACUCCUCUGGGAAUCCUGCCUGGAGGUUCGGGAAACGCACUGGCUGCUUCCAUCCAUCACUACACACGUGCGUCUCCGGUGAGUGGCGAGGAUCUGCUGACCAGCUGUGGCUUCCAGCUGUGUAAAGGCCAGACCUCAGCGCUCGACCUGAUCUCCAUCCGCCUGUCCUCCGGCGCGCGCCUCUUCUCCUUCCUCUCGCUGGCCUGGGGCUUCGUGGCCGACGUGGACAUCGAGAGCGAGCAGUUUCGGCAGAUCGGAGAUCUGCGCUUCCUCGUGGGAACGCUGGUGCGCCUGGCGUCCCUACGGGUCUACCAGGGGAAACUAGCCUUCCUUCCCGCCGAAAACCAGCCGGAAACACAUUUCGACGAAAACAAGCUUAUAGACCACCUGCUGGUCCCGCUCGACCAGCCCGUCCCGCAAGACUGGACCCUCGUGGAGGAGCGCGAGUUCGUGCUGGUGCUCGCCAUGUUCCAGUCGCACCUGAGCGAGGAUCUGAUGGCGGCUCCUGACGCCCGCUCCGAUGACGGGACGAUGCACCUGUUCUACGUGACGGCGGGGAUCUCCCGGGCCGCCCUGCUGAGACUCUUCCGGGCCAUGCAGAGCGGGACGCACCUGGACCUCGGCUGCCCACACCUGGUGUACCGGCGGGCGCGAGCGCUGAGGCUGGAGCCGCUGAGCCCGGCCGGCUUGAUGACGGUGGACGGGGAGCGGGUUGAGUACGGGCCCGUUCAGGCACAGGUACACCGGGGGGCGGCCCGACUCAUCUCCACGUGACCUCUCAACUACAGCGCUGUUAUUAAAGCACAAUCCCGACCCUGAAA